CGGAGCUCCGAGCGCCAGCGGCGGCAGCGGCACGGGGCAGCAGCAGCUGCUCCAGCUGCUCCAGGAGUGGGCAGGGGUCCCCCGCACUGCCCACCAUGGCCCUCAAGCAGCUGAAGGCGGAGACCUUCUGCCAGCGGGCACCCAGCUUCCUUGACUACCUGUCCAGCAUCCUGCAGAAGUACCCGGACGGAGGGCAGAUCCUCAAGGAGCUGGUGCAGAACGCAGAUGACGCUGGCGCUAAGGAGGUCGUGUUUGUGUCGGAUGAGCGGGAAUUCAACAUCACCGGAGGGGGCCUGGAGGGCACCCAGGGCCCAGCUCUCUUGGCCUACAACGAUGCCGUGAUGUCGCCCCAGGACUGGACAGGGAUUCAGCGCCCAGGGGUGUCACACAAGCGGCAGGAUCCUCACAGCGUGGGGCGCUUCGGCUUGGGCUUCACCUCUGUCUACCACCUCACCGACCUACCAGGUGUGCUGAGCCCCCCAUACUUGGGCGUGCUGGACCCUGAAUGCCAGGUGCUGCCUGGUGCUGGCAAGCGCUGGGACGUCUCUGAAGCCCAGGACCUUCCUGGCCUUUUUGAGCCCUUCUGGGCUGGGCUGGAAGCUGUGGGACAGCACGGUGCUUCAGCCCAGGGCACCCUCUUCCGCUUCCCCCUUCGCCGGCAACCCUCAGAAAUUGCUGCAGGGGUCUCCAAUGCUGAGCGCAUCUGCAGCCUCAUGCAGACUUUCCUCACAGAGGCCCCUCUUGCCCUCCUCUUCCUCCGCCAUGUCCGCCGCGUGGCCCUGCACCGUGUGGCCCCUGAUGGGGUCCAGACACUCAUGGGAACACUUGUGGCAUCCCCUCAGCCUCUCCCUGUCCCAGUGCCAUCGGGGGGUGAGGGGCUGAGUGUGGCGUGGUGCCUGGUGGCCCUGCACAGGGAUGGGGUUGGUACUGGCAGCAAGUGGCUGGUGGCUACGGGCAGGGCCACUGAGGGGCCAGUUGUGGCUCUGGGCAGACAGCUGGGGUGCAGCCCUGAGGUGAGCCUGGCACACCCCCUCCACGGGGCCUGCCAAGGGCGGCUCUGCUGCUUCCUGCCGCUGCCAGCCACUGAUGAGACGGCCACAGGGCUGCCCGUCCAUGCCAGUGCUCCCUUUGCCCUCUCUGAUGAUCGCCGCCAUCUCCGCUGGCCCCAGGAAGGUGAGGAGGGUGAGGAAGAUGCCCACUGGAAUGCUCUUCUGCUGCUCGAGCUCCUGCCCCGGGUCUACAGCCACCUGGCCGCCAUGGCCGUGGCGCUGCCCGGUGCAGAUGCCUACAGCUUGUGGCCAGAGCCCGAGCGCACGCCGAGCUCCGGCCGGAUCCACAGCCUGGUGAGCCGUGUGUGCCAGGAGCUGGCGGCUGCCCCCGUCCUGCUGCCGGCCGCAGACGGGGCGGCGGGGCGGCUGCGGGCCCUCGAGGCUGUGCUGCUGCCAGAGGCUGCGGGCGAUGCUGCCACACCAGCGAUCCAGGCCUUGCUGCUGGCAGCCGGGGAGCCGGUGGCCGAGGUCCCGCCCCACGUGUGGAGGGGGCUGACUCUGGGGAUGCCCAAGGGUCUGCGGGAGGCCACGGCGGGACACGUGCGGGAGGUGCUGCGGCGCCACGGGGCCGCAGAGCUCCCGGCUGCCGGCCGCCUCUGCCUGCUGCGCUACGUGGCCGGGGAUGGCUGCCACGCUGAGCUCUGGGGCCUCCCCCUCCUGCCUCGCGCCGACGGAACCUUCGUGGCCUUUGGAACUGCGUCAGCCGUUGUCUACGUGGACACAUCCGACUGCCCCAGGGAGCUCCUGCCUGGCUUGGCCGGGUCCUUCCUGCCCUCAGACCUGGAGCCAGGCUUGGACAGCCUCCUGCGGGGCAUUGCCAAGGAGGGUCUCUUCCCCAACCUGGUUCUGCUGGAUCCAGCCGUGACUGUACAGACCCUGCGCUUGGCUCUGCCCCCCACCUGGACAUCCCAGUCUUCAACCCCAGUGACCUGGUGCCCAGCCCAAGGGCUCCCCCAGCCCCCAGCCUCCUGGUUCCCAGCCCUGUGGCAAUUUCUGGCCCACCACGUGGAAGACCUGGGCCCUCUGGAGGGGCUCCCUCUCAUAGCUCUGUCCUCACUGGAUGCCCCCACUGUCCGUCUGGCUCCACUGAUACCUGAAUCCAGUCUUAUCUUCCAAGUAUGGGAGGACCAGCUCCUGCCACCUGCUGUGGCCUCUGUGCUGGAGAUUCUGGGUUGCCCUGUGGUGCCACCAAGCAUGUGGCACCGCUCCCUGUCCCGCUAUGUCCUGCCUCCAUCCCCCCUCAAUGCCCUGCGGGCCCUGGGCAGGCAGGGGCCUGCAGCACUGGCCUCCCGCAUGGCUUCGCUUCCUGAUGCAGAUGUGGUCGUCCUCCGUCUCUAUCUGGCAGACGUCCCAUCCCUGAGCAAGCAGGACAUGGGCACUCUGGCUGCUCUGCCCCUCUUUCUGCCACUGCCCUGCUUGGCCACCCCACAACCCACGGGGCUGGUGCCAGCCGCUGCCACCCCGGUGCUGGAGCCAGAGCUGGAGCUGCCCCAAGAUGUGGUGCUGCCGGAGGCCGUGUUGCGGUGCCGGGAUGAAGUUGACCGGCGGCUACUCGGGAGGCUCCAGAGGCCCCUCAUCAGUGCAGCCUGUGUGAUGCUGAAGGCCAUCAGAGCCGUGGCCCAAGGCGCAUAUGCGGGGAGAGUGGCUGAGACACAGGCUCUCCUGCUCUGGGUACUGCAGCACGGAGACACUGUUUUUGCACAGAGCCCCCCGCUCCAGCAGGCCUGCAGCAAGCUGGCCUUCCUGGAGACCCCUGAUGGCCUCGCAUACCCACAAGACCUCUACGACCCCUGUGACAGCACCUUGCAGGCCCUGCUGGCACCCGAGCGCUUUCCUCCUGCUGCCUUCCACAAUCCAUCUGUCCUCCGUGCCUUGAGGGCCGUGGGCUUGCGGCACGGUCAGGGGUGCCUGCUGCCCUCAGACAUCCUGGCAGCUGCAGCAAAAGUCAGUCAGGGCGGCACGGCAGCUUUGGACAGGGCUGAAGCACUGAUCACAGUCUGCAACCAGCCCAAGGCACUGGAUGGCUUCAGCGCUGCAGAGCUCAGGCAGCUCCAGGCCCUGCCAUGGGUACCUCACUCCAAGUGCACAGGAGAGCCUGGGCAGCCCUUCCUGCCCCCCAAGGAGCUGCGAUCCAUGCAGUACCAAUCCCUGGUGGGGCUUGCCAUGCCCCUGACUGAUGCCUUUGUGCCUGAGGCAGAGAAGAAGCUGGGGCUGAGCCAGACCCCACCACUGGAGAGAGUGUGGGAGCAGCUGAGAAAGCUGGCGGGGCGUGGGGACAUGGAUGAGGUGGGUCCCGCUCUCCAGCCCAUCUAGUGGCACAUGCAGGAAAACCUGAAGGCCUUUGGGACUGCCCCAGAUGGUGCUGUUGUGUGGACUGAGUGUGGGCUUGUCCUGCCACGUGAUGCUGUACUGGGCUAUCCUGAGAAGUUGGAGCUGGGGCUGCUGGUGCCCCGGGUGCCCCCUGACUUCCUGCCCUACAGCUGCCUCUUCAGGGCUUGGGGGGUGGCUGACGGGGUGAGUGAGGAGAGGGCGGUGUCGGCCCUGCGCUCCCUGGGGCAGGACAUAGACAGGCGCAGCUCCAGAGCGGGCACUGCCACAGAGUUGCAGGUGGUUGUAGCAGUCCUGGAGUGGCUGAAGGGACGGGGCCACCAGGGCAAGGGCACUGUGCCAGUUCCUGUGAGGAUCCCGCAGGGCUCGGGCUUUGCCCUCCGCCCAGCUGCCUCUGCCGUGUACCUGGACAUGGAGCUGGAGGAAGAGGAGGAUGUUCCAGAGGUGGUGCACGAGGCAGUGCCUUCCAGCACAGCCAUGUUCCUGGGCACGGAGUGUCUCAGUACACGGGUGCUGGGCCCGGAGCCAUUCACAGCCUGUGGCCCCUCAGAGCCCAUCACUCUACGCCUCCGCAACAUCCUCCGGGAGUAUGGCGAGGAGGGCGAUCUCUUCACGGAGAUGGUCCAGAACGCAGAGGAUGCCAGCGCUACUGUGUGCCGCUUCCUCCUGGACCUGCGGAGCCACAGAACGGCCACCUCUGGGCUGCUAGACCCAGGCAUGGCUGCCUGCCAUGGCCCAGCCCUCUGGGCCUACAACAAUGCCCUGUUCUCAGAGGAUGACUUCCAGAACAUCACCCGGAUUGGGGCUGCCACAAAGGAGGGCCAGGCAGGCCGGAUCGGGCGCUUUGGUCUGGGCUUCAGCUCUGUCUACCGUGUCACGGAUGUGCCAGCAGUGCUGAGCGGGGAGACACUGCUCAUCUUUGAUCCCAAUGGCACCCAUCUGAGCAAGCACAUCCCCAGGGCCGGCUCCCCUGGCAUCCGCCUGGACUUCUCUAGCCGGCCACGCAUCCUCCGUGUCUUUGCUGAGCAGUUCCAGCCCUACAACGGUAUCUUUGGUUGCUGCCUGCCUGAGCCAGGACCCUUUCCAGGGAGCCUUUUCCGCUUGCCUUUUCGCACUGAAGAGGAAGCUGUGACAUCGCAGAUUUGCUCUGAGGCCUUUGGUGCAGAGCGCAUCCAGUCCCUUGGCACUGCUUUCCUUGGCUCUAACAGGCUCCUGCUGCUCUUCCUGAAGAACGUGAGGGAGCUGUCUCUGGAGAUGCUGCCAGACACGGCCACUUCUACAGAGGAUACCAUGCCUCUGGCCAUGCUGCAGCGAAAGGAGAUCCGAGGCUUGGGGUCCCCUGGGGAUCCCCCAAGUUGGGCAGCCAUUGAGCAGCUCUCAGCCUGUGAGGAGGAAUCCAGGACAGUGUGGCACUACCUGGUUUUGGUGUGUCAGGGUGAUGGGGAGUUGCUGGAACUGUUUCACCAGAACACACAGGCAGGACUCCAUCCUCCACUUCCCAUGGCUGGUGUGGCCCUUCCUCUUGCCCCUGCCAAAGAUGGCAAGUGGGUGCCACGUCUGGAUGCUGAGAAGGGGCAAGUUUUCUGCCACCUUCCCAUGCCGGUCAUCUCAGGGCUGCCAAUCCACGUGCACGGGGCCUUCAGCAUCCUCUCAAAUCGCAAAGGGCUGUGGGACACGGCAGAGCGGGGCAAGUGGAACCGAGUGCUGCUCCACAAUGCCGUGCCGGCGGCCUGGCUGCGGGCACUGGACCAUCUCCGUGCCAUGCACGAGGCAGGUGAGUUGAAGAACUAUGAGUAUCAUGUCUUCUGGCCAGACAUUAGCACUGCCCGUUACCCCUUUACAGAGGCUGUGACUGGUUUCUACCAGGCUGUGGCAGCCAGGAGUGGCCCAAGGCUCUUUUCUGAUGGCCAUUCCUGGUGCUCACUGCAGGACGCCCGCUUCCUGCACCAGACUGUAGAGAGACACCCUAAGCUGGGUACUGUGGCGCAGCGAGUCUUUGCCAUCACCGUGCCCCAUCCCCUCUUGGCUGUGGCCUUGCCUGGGAAGGUGCAGGAGGGCCUCGGGAAGGCGCUGGAUGCUGGAACCUAUGACUGGAAGCGCUUUCUCUGUGAGCUUGUGCUUCCCAACUUGGAAAAUCUCCCUGACGUUGACCGGAACCUGCUGCUGCUCCAUGCGCUGGAUAUGUCUCAUGAGGAUGUGGACAAAGUGCUGCAGACAGUGCCCUGCAUCCCUGCCACCCCUCAUGGCCACCUGCAGUUCAUCUAUCACCUGGUGCAUCCCAGAGGUCGCGCUGCCCCUUUAUACAGCCCUGAGGAUGGGCGCUUCCCCACUGGGCAUGCCUUCCUGGAAAGACUAAGCCAACUGGAGAGGCUGGGCAUGGUGAAGAACACCGUAGCCCUGCCAGAGCUGCUGGAGAGGGCAAAGACUGUGCAGCUUCUCUGGACCAAGAAUGGUGCCCAGGGCUGCCAGAGGGCUGCCUGCAUCCUCGAGUUACUUCAGGAUGCAGUGAAGAAGAGAACAAACGACACCCUGCAGGCCACUUUCCCAACUGUGCCCUUCCUCCCUGCUGUACUACGCAAUGGCAAGCUUGUGCUGCUGCCAGCUGCCCAGCUCUACCAUCACCUCCAUGACCCACUAGUGGGACUCACCAAGCCUAUCUUGGCUCCUAAAAUGCUGGGGAAAAACUUCAGCCUCUCCGAGGAGGUAGCAUCCUUCUUGGGGCUGGACCGGCAGAUAUCAUCAGCUCAGGUCCUUGAGCAGCUGCGGGCACUCAGACAUUUCUCCAACACUCUCCCUUUGGAGACCCUGCAGUACAGCACCAACUGCUGCUACAAGCACCUGAACAUGAUGCUCCAGGAACAGCACUCCAGCCGGGAUGAGGUAGCUUCUGCAGUGGACUCCGGGGAGCCCUUCAUCUUGAUGGGCUCCCACUUUGUGCCGGUCACAGCUGUGGCUGAGAAACUGUCAUUUGAGGCUGCCCCAUACCUUUAUCAGCUCCAAGAGCAGUACAAGCCCUACAGAGAGCUCUGGGAGUGUGUGGGGCUGCGCCACACAUUCACCUGGAAUGAUUAUGCCCAAGUGCUCUGCACCCUGGCAAAGACACAUGCUGGAAAGCCACUGCCGGCCACGGAGCUGGAUCUGGCCCUGCGGCUGGUGUCUUGUGGCUUGAUGGAAGAUGGCACCCAGCCAGAUGCCUGCCACACCCAGCAACUCUUUCUGCCUGAUGAGGAGGGCAUUUUGCACCCAUGGGACAAGCUCUACUUCAAUGAUGCACCAUGGAUGCCGUUGGACAGAGAUGUCCUGCUGUGCCAUAAACAGCUGUCCCGAGAUGCAGCCCUGCGCUGUGGGGUGGCCACCAUACGCCACCGAGCACUGGAGAGGAGUGAACUCCUCACUGAUCACCUGAGCCUCUGGGCACAGCCAUUUGGUGCCCACGAAGAUUUGCCAACACGACUGAAGAACAUCUUGAAGGAGUACUCUGAGUCCGCUCCUGAUAUGGUCAAGGAGGUGCUCCAGAAUGCGGAUGAUGCUGGUGCGGGGCUUGUGCACUUUGUGUGGGACCGCCGGCAGCACCCAGCAAAGGCCACUUUUAGUGAGAAAUGGAACAUCCUGCAGGGCCCUGCCCUCUGCAUCUACAACGACCGCCCCUUCCAGGAGCAUGACAUUGAAGGCAUUCAGCGUCUGGGGGUGGGUGGCAAGCAAGGCCGGCAGGAUGUCACAGGCAAAUAUGGCCUUGGCUUCAACACUGUCUACCACUUUACUGACUGCCCAGCCUUCCUGACUGCAGACAGUACCCUGUGUGUCUCUGAUCCCCAUCUCUACUACAUGCCCACAGCCACAACUGCGAAGCCUGGUAGCAUGUUUGCUGUUGACACUGACUUCAAGAAAAAUUUUCCAGACAUUUAUGACACCUUCCUACCAUCCUUCUUCAACCUGAAACAGGGCGUCCUUUUCCGGCUGCCGCUCCGCACUGCAGCUGAGGCUGCCAAGUCCAGGGUGUCUGACAUGGUUGUGCGAGACCAAGACCUCAAGGACAUGGAAGAAACACUGGCUAAGGAAGGUGAGGACUUGGUGCUCUUCCUCCGGCAUGUCAACACCAUCAUCUUCUCUGAGAUCCCCCCAGCUGGGAAAGAGUUGGUGCAGAAGCUGCGGGUGAGCACGAAGGUCACGGAGGAAGAUGCAAAGUUGAGACAGGAUUUUCAAGCAAGAUUAAGCAAAGUGGUGGUGGCCAACCUGGAGCAUGUGUGCAGGGCAGCCUACUCGACACAACUGCAGGUAAGCACACAGGCCAGAGUGCUCCAGAUCAUGUACAGCUUCCUGCAGACUCAUCUGAAGGAGGUGGACGCAGAGCACCUGGCUGAGCUGCCCAUGGUGCUGGCCAAGUCAUGGGACAUGGCCAGGCCACGGCAGGUGGUGACAUCCCUCCCAGACGAGGCUGACUUUUACCCCUACCUCCUCACGCCUCACCCCAACGUGGCUGCCUUUGCAGAUCUCCUGCAACACCUUGGCGUCGUCCUGGUCCCCACACUGACUCACUACAGCCGUGUCCUGGCCCAAAUCUACCAGGAGAGCCAUGGCACUGGAAGCCUUUCCAGUAGCCAGAAGAAGACAGUCCUGGUGGCCACACGGCAUUUCUUCCAGCUGCUGCGGGAGGAACCGGAGCCCCCCGAUUGCUCUGCUGUGGCUGAGCUGUAUCUGCUGAGCACUGCUGACUGCCUGGAGCCAUCCCACAGACUGUGCUUCAAUGACUGUGUGCCCUCAGAGACCGCUCGGGCCCUAGAGAAGACCUUUGUGUUCAUGGCUGCACUGCCAGUGUCUGGCUGUAAUGUCAGGUGGCUGCUGCAAAGGCUGCCAGCACACCUGCAGCCACGGGCGCUCUCAGAGGUGACAGAGAAGCAGCUGGAGGAGGGUAGUCCUCAGCCAUGUCGUUACGGCUCUCAGUGCGCUGCGCAGAGGCGUCUCCGGACGCUGCUGGUAUCCCCGUGGUUUAGGCUGGGGCUGGAGUCCCUGCUGCAUUGGCAGACCCCCAAGGCAAUGAUGGGAAUGGAGGGGGAUGGUGGCUUUGCAGUGGAGCAGGUGAAAGUGCAGUGCUGCAAGGACAUCUGCACUGUGCUGGUGCACAGCGGGGCAAAGGUGGAGGGCAGCUCCCAGUCACAAGUUAUUCAUGCGUGCCUGUCUGGUGGUGCUCAGCGGCUCCUCUCCAUCCAGCAUGUAGACAUGGUGCUGAACCGGCAGCAACUGAGGGUCGUGGAGACACUGGCACAGGAGAUCAAUAACAUCCUGGGUGGGCAGCUGGAGGCACGCGCUUUGUCCGUGCUGCGUGAAAUGCUGGUCUGCCAGGAGCCACAGGACGUGGCCUUGGUUCUGGAGGAGAACAGUGUGGCACUGGUGCAUGCUGCACCAGAGCCAGAGAAAAGGCUGCAGGAGGAGGCUGAAGCUGAUCCAUGGAAGGAUCCCAGCCUGCCAACCUUGAGGCCUCUGCAUGAUGUCAGGGGGCCAAAGGGGUGGGUCCCAUACAAACCUGGCAGUGCUGCCCAGCACCACAGACAGGGAGGCUGUGGCUCCUGGCUGAGCAGCCAGGAGCUCAUGGCCCUGACUCCAUCCGUCCCCGAGGCCCUGCGUUGGCUGUGUCAGGCCACGAGUGACCUGCAGGCAGCCCGCAAUGACAUCCGGCACUGCUGCCCCAACUGGGUGCUCUUCAAAGUGCACCAGGCCCUGGAGAAGGCACUGGUGGCGGCUGUGCUUUGCCGUGGUGAAGCUUUUGCGGGCCAUAGAGGGCUGAUGGGUAUGGCCCAAAGGCUGGAGGCGGAGGAGCCGGAGCUGAGGGGCCUUGUCCUGGACGUGCAGUGGCUGUGUGACUGUGGUACGGACGGCAAGGCCACACAGUACCCGAGUUACCAUCCCUUUCCCGUGACCCCCAGUGAGGCCUUCCCCAGCGUGGAUGAGGAGGAGGUCCUGAAGCGGGCACAAAAAGUGCUAGUAACACUGAGGGACCAUGUGGGCAGAAAGUGACAGGUCCCUACCACGGCGCACGGCACCUGGGCCAAAGGACCAUCAGGCGCCCAUCAGAGACCCACCAUGGACCUGCUGUGGACUCGCCGUGGACUUGCCACAAACCUGCCACAGGCCAUUCCAGACUGUCCAGCCCUGGCAGGGGAGUUUUGGUGGCAGACCAGGGCCCAGACCACUGGACAUCACAGAGUUGCCUGUGCCAUUGGCGUGUCUUGAGUGUGCAGUAAAUAAAGUGCAAAAUAAAUGCUGCAA